UCUCGUGUAGUACAGCGCGAGCGUGCAGCGAUAUUUGAUCGUGUCAUGAUACAGAAGUUGAUAACGGGCUGUCUCAAGUCAGUUUUGUUUCACACUCCUGUGUGCCGGGCCGGUCUUGUUGCUGCGCGAUUCUGUGGUCCAGCCUUUUUAUCAAAUUCCAGUAUGUCACUCCUCGAAAGCGCGAAAAAAGCUGCUGCUUUCCGUGCCGUAGAUGAAUGUGUGAAGGACAAGGACAUCGUCGGGGUGGGCAGUGGUUCGACUGUUGUAUAUGCAGUGGAAAGAUUAGCGGAACGUGUGCAAAAAGAGAAGCUACAACUAGUCUGCAUACCAACAUCUUUCCAAGCACGCCAGCUUAUAGUUGAAAAUAAUCUUACUCUUGGAGACUUGUCUCGAUAUCCACAGCUUGAUGUAGCCAUUGACGGAGCUGAUGAACUUGAUAGUAACUUUGUUGCUAUUAAAGGAGGUGGAGGCUGUCUCACUCAAGAAAAAAUUGUUGCUUCCUGUGCCAAACACUUUGUAGUUAUUGCUGACUACACGAAAGACUCACAAGUUUUAGGAGAGCAAUACAAGAAAGGAAUUCCCAUUGAAGUUAUACCUUUAGCUUAUGUACCUGUGAUGAACAAAAUAAAAGCACUAUAUGGUGGUGAGGUUCAGUUACGGAUGGCUAAAAUGAAGGCUGGCCCUGUUGUGACAGAUAAUAGCAAUUUCAUUGUUGAUUGGCAUUUCCCUGAAGAUAAAUUUAAUUGGAAAGAUGUCAACACCAAUAUCAACUUAAUUCCAGGUGUAGUGGAUACUGGUCUUUUUGUGGAUAUGGCUGAUAGAGCAUUCUUUGGCUAUGCUGAUGGUUCUGUUAAAGAAAAAACUUGCUCUGGAAAGUGAUCUGAUUAUGACAGACAUAAUACAUCUGUUUCAAAAUGUUCUCAGACAAGGAACUUGAUUAUUUCAGAAGAUCUUUUUGUUAUGUAUAUUUAAGUAGGACUGCAUUGUUUUUUCUUACUCAUUUUACUUGUACCAGCUUAUUUUUAUAUAAAUUUUUAUAAUUUCUGCCAUUUUUGAGACUGAUGUAUGUACAGUAUCAUAUUCUGCACCAUUUUUUAUAGUACAAAAGUUUUGAAAAGGUUGAUGCCAUAAUUAUUGCCAUUGAAAUAGAUUCUCAUUGUACCACUUUA